AUGCCCAGAAAAAAAACCUGCAGCGCCUUCGACAACGCACCGACCUUUUCUGUGCAUGCAGUCUGGCCAAAAAUCGAGUGUCUGCGUCUGGGCUCCCGUUGCAGGAAAAAGCGAAACUGUUCGCGAGCGCUUGUCUCCAGUUCGUCUGCUAAGCUGUUUUUGUCUCUCAAAAAUGCUGCUUUUCGCAAAGGAGUUCGUCCCUGCAGAACGCUCCUUUCUCCGAUCUCCUCUCUUAGAAGAAUCGCGAAAGCUUCAAUGCGCGCCUGUCCAUACACACCCGAGAGGAGUCGAACAGGGAAGAACGGCCGAUCGGCUCUGCUGUCUGUCCAGGUUCCGUUUUUCGUUUCCUUCUCGCGUUUUCGUCUCUUUUUCGGAGUCACCGCUGCCUUCUUCAUUUCUAUACUCUCUGGCGUCUCUACGGCGUCUAGAGUGAAGGAGGAACAGGAGCUGGAGGAUGAUUCUCCUGCUCGAGAGCCUUCUCUUUUCCUCUCGCGUUUUUAUGCUUCUUUGACCAACGGGGAAGCAGCUCCUCGAAAGCUCUAGGUCGUUGUUCAGACGUACAGACACACGGAGGCUUGUGUUUUGCCUGCUCCGCUAAGAACCUGC